CCCCCGCGGGCCCAUCUGGACCGCGGUGUUCGACUACGAGGUGACGGGCGACGAGGAGCUGACCCUGCGUAGGGGGGACCGGGUCCAGGUGCUGUCCCAGGACUGUGCGGUGUCGGGCGACGAGGGCUGGUGGACCGGGCGGCUCCCCGGCGGCCGGGUGGGGGUCUUCCCCAGCGACUACGUGGCCCCGCCGCGGCCGGCGGGCCCGCCGGCCUCCGGCUGCCGCGGGAGAUCCCCUUCCACGAGCUGCAGCUGGAGGAGAUCAUCGGCGUCGGGGGCUUCGGCAAGGUCUACCGGGCCCUGUGGCGCGGCGAGGAGGUGGCCGUCAAGGCCGCCAGGCUGGACCCUGAGCGGGACCCGGCAGUGACCGCAGAGCAGGUGCGCAAAGAAGCCCGGCUCCUCCGAAGCUCUGCGGCACCCACCAUCCUUUUACUCCGGGGCGCCUGCCUCAGCCCCCCGCACCUCUGCCUGGUGAUGGAGUAUGCCCGGGGGGGCGCGCUGAGCAGGGUGCUGGCGGGUCGCCAGGUGCCCCCGCAUGUACUGGUCAACUGGGCGGUGCAGGUGGCCCGGGGCAUGAACUACCUACACAAUGAGGCCCCCGUGCCCAUCAUCCACCGGGACCUCAAGUCCAUCAACAUCCUCAUUCUGGAGGCCAUCGAGAACCACAACCUCGCGGACACGGUGCUCAAGAUCACGGACUUCGGCCUCGCCCGAGAGUGGCACAAGACCACCAAAAUGAGCGCAGCAGGGACUUACGCCUGGAUGGCCCCGGAGGUUAUUCGUCUCUCCCUCUUCUCCAAAAGCAGUGACGUCUGGAGCUUCGGGGUGCUGCUCUGGGAGCUGCUGACGGGUGAGGUCCCCUACCGUGAAAUCGACGCCUUGGCUGUGGCAUAUGGCGUGGCUAUGAACAAGCUGACACUGCCCAUCCCCUCCACAUGCCCCGAGCCCUUUGCCCGCCUACUGGAGGAGUGCUGGGACCCAGACCCCCACGGGCGGCCAGAUUUCAGCAGCAUCUUGAAGCAGCUUGAAGUCAUAGAACAGUCAGCCCUAUUCCAGAUGCCACUGGAGUCCUUCCACUCACUGCAGGAAGACUGGAAGCUGGAGAUUCAGCACAUGUUCAAUGAUCUCCGAACCAAGGAGAAGGAGCUCCGCAGCCGUGAGGAGGAGCUACUGCGGGCGGCCCAGGAGCAGCGCUGCCAAGAGGAGCAGCUGCGACGGCGAGAGCAGGAGCUGGCGCAGCGUGAGAUGGACAUCGUGGAGCGGGAGCUGCACCUGCUGAUGUGCCAGCUGAGCCAGGAAAAGCCCCGUGUCCGCAGACGCAAGGGCAACUUCAGGCGCACCCGCCUUCUCAAGCUGCGGGAAGGUGGCAGCCACAUCAGCCUGCCCUCUGGCUUUGAGCACAAGAUCACAGUCCAGGCCUCUCCAACCUUGGACAAGCGGAAAGGAUCCGAUGGGACCAGCCCCCCCGCGAGCCCCAGCAUCAUCCCCCGGCUGAGGGCCAUUCGCUUGACUCCUAUGGAUGGUGGUGGCGGCGGCAGCAGUGGCAGCGGUAGUAGCGGCAGUAGUACCUGGGGCCGCAGCGGGCCCCCAAAGAAGGAAGAACUGGUUGGGGGCAAGAAGAAAGGCCGGACCUGGGGGCCCAGCUCCACCCUGCAGAAGGAGCAGGCUGAAGGAGAAGAGAGGCUGAAGGCCCUGGGGGAAGGAAGCAAACAGUGGUCAUCCAGCGCCCCCAACCUGGGCAAGUCCCCCAAACACACCCCCAUUGCCCCAGGCUUCGCCAGCCUCAAUGAGAUGGAGGAGCUCGCGGAGGCAGAGGGAAACAGCAGCGGGCCCCACUCCCCCCACAGCACCCUGGCCUACCUCGAGGUGCCGCUGCCCACCCAGCCCUCCCCUGGGGUGCCGCUGCCCCCCACACCCACCCGACCCGCGCUUGGCGCCCGGCGGAGGCGCUGCGAAUUUGCGCUGCUGGGCUGUGCCACGCUGCUGGGCGCGGUGGGCUUGGGCGCUGACGUGGCGGAAGCGCGCGCAGCGGAUGGUGAGGAGCAGCGGAGAUGGCUCGACGGCCUCUUCUUCCACCGCGCUGGCCGCUUCCCACGGGGCCUCAGCCCGCCUGCACGCUCCCCUGGACGCCCCAACGCAGCCUCCGCCGGCCCUGGCCUGGCGCCUUCGGCCACCCUGGUAUCGCUGUCCUCCGUGUCCGACUGCAACUCCACGCGCUCACUGCUGCGCUCCGACAGCGACGAGGCUGCGCCAGCCGCACCCUCCCCGACGCCCUCUCCUGUUGCGCCCUCGCCCAACACCAACCCCCUGGUGGAUCUGGAGCUGGAGAGUUUCAAGAAGGACCCCCGCCAGUCACUGACGCCCACCCACGUCACAGUCACUGCCACACGCGCUGUGAACCGCGGGCACCGGAGGACCCCCUCGGAUGGGGCGCUAGGGCAGCGGGGGGCGCCAGAGCCCACAGGCCCUGGCCCUGGCCCUCGAGAUCCCCUGGACUUCCCCCACCUGCCUACACCCCAGGCUCCAUUUCCCACCCACCUCCAGCCCCCCGAGUUUCCUGGCCGCCCCACCACCCUGACCUUCACUCCGAGACCCCGGCCUGCUGCCAGCCGCCCCUGCCUGGACCCCUGGAAACGGGUCUCCUUCGGCCGGACACUCAGCAUCUCGCCGCCCAAUAGGCUGGACGCUCCAGAGAGCCCCGGGCCCCCCAGCAUGCAGCCCACGCUGCUUGACAUGGACAUGGAGGGGCAGAGCCAGGACGGCACAGUGCCCCUGUGUGGGGCCCGUGGCUCCCGCUGAGGCCUGCCCACUGCCACCCGCUUGGGCAGCCAUGAAUGUAGCACCCCAGGCCCUGCCCCAGCCCACCAGGCAGGGAGGCCCUGGGCAGGAUACUCUAUUUAUUGGGGAAGGGGAGUGGGGAGAACACUUAAUUUAUUCCUUUGUACCCUGUGCUUGCCCUGCAGCAUGGGGGGAAGGUGGGCAGGGAUACUCAGGGACAGGGCAAUGUGGGGGAUUUGGCACAAAAUGCAGCAUUAAAGGUAACCCCUGCCCCCUGC